GGGCUUGUUUGAACCAAAUCAGCUGCUUACAUUCAGUACUUCGACCGAAUAUAUUCAGAGCUCUGGUUGCAAUGGCUUUAUUAUUGCAGCUGUGAUUUCUAUUUGUUGAAAGCGACGUUAAAUUAUUGCUUGAUUUGAAUAAAGAAAAUACGGUAAAUAAAUUGUUGCGUACAGAUCGUUCCUUUAAGCGUAACGAAACAGCGCAUGAAUGUGACUGCUAGUACCAAAUGCAGCGAUGGGUAAGAAAAGAAGUUCAACUGUCACGUCCGAGGAUUUGGGAAGCGGCAAGGUGCCACAUCUCGAUGAUGACGAACGAGGGACCGGGAGUGGAAGUUCGUCGAAGAGCUUCAAAAAAGUGGCUUAUGCCGCCAAGUGCGUCAAACCCGAGAGCAACAAACCCCGUAUUAUUAAAAACCUCAAACAAGUAACAACUGCCGAGCGUUUGUAUCCUAGUGGGGUAGCUUCAUAUGGAUCCAUCGAAAUGCACAAUACAACGAAACCUGCCAAAAAAUACUCCGAUAUUAGUGGUCUACCGGCUAAAUACACGGAUCCGCAUACGAAGUUGUAUUAUGCUGACGCGGAGGAAUACGCCCGGAUUCGAUAUUUAAACACAGAUCAAAUCGCUGGGUAUCUAUCACUGCGUCGAGCGAAUAUACCCACACCCUAAGGCCACAACAUCUGCUCAUGUCUUCGAACAUUAAGUCAAAUAGACUACGGACAGAAUUCCCAAAUUCUGCUGUAACUGUUUAAACAGAUCUUGAAUUCAAAAAAACUCUACAUGGCAUAUUAGAUGUACGUAUUUCAAAUUAGAUUCCAUUAUCAAUUAUCACCGAAAUAUGAUGAUAAGGAACUGCCAGCUAAAAACAAUCUUCAUAGUUUUUCCUAGUUGUGUAGUUUCUGCUUUUCUCGCGCAGGCAAACGUUUCAAUCUAGUAAAAACUGAUAUAUGAAAUACCCAGAAUGUGAUAAUGUAACACAAAAUCAUUUCGUUGGUAUAGAAUAUUGCAAUAACCAAAUUUUAUUAUUAUUCUGUAUAUACCCUAUGAUAUCCUACUUAUAUGUACAGUUUGUGUGCAUCAUGCGUAGAAGCUCAAUAAAUAGUUAAUCAAUCACUUCA